CUUCCAUCAUCAAGAACAAUCAUGGCAGCCAAGAACCUCUUUACGCCCCUCACGCUCGGCCGCUUCACGCUGCCCAACCGCAUUUUCAUGGCACCGCUCACGCGCUGCCACGCCACCGCCGACGACCACAUUCCGUCGACACCCAUGAUCCAGCACUACGCCGACCGCGCGUCGUCGGGCCUCAUCAUCGCCGAAGCGACCAUGAUCACACCCAACUCGUCAACGUUCUGGACCGAGCCAGGUGUCUACUCGCCCGAGCAGCUCGUCGCGUGGAAGAAGAUUACUGACGCGGUUCACGCCAAGGGUGGCACCAUCUUUCUCCAGAUCUGGCACGGUGGCCGUGCGGCGCACCCAGAUCUGAACCGUGGCGCAGACAACGUCGCGCCGUCAGCAAUUGCGAUUGACGGCUACACGCACGGUCCCAACGGCAAGGUGCCGUACGUCGUGCCCCGCCCGCUCACGCUCAACGAGAUCAGCGACCUCGUCGCACAGUUUGCGACCGCAGCCAAAAGCGCCGUCGAAAUCGCGGGCUUUGACGGCGUCGAGGUCCAUGGCGCCAACGGGUACCUCAUCGACCAGUUCCUCAAGGACAGCAGCAACACGCGCACGGACGCGUACGGUGGCUCGAUCGAGAACCGGGCGCGAUUUGUCCGGGAGAUCUUGACGGCGGUCUCGGACGCAAUUGGCGCGGACCGCGUUGGUGUUCGAUUCUCACCCGCGGAUGGGUACAACUCGAUGCACGACUCGGACCCGGUCGCCUUGGCGACAUACCUCGCAAAGACGCUCAACGACUUUAACCUUGCGUUUAUCCACAUCCGCCGAGGAGACUCGAACGAGCACUUGGAGAUCUACCGCAAGCACUACAAGGGCGUGCUCGUUGGCAACCAAUCGUACACGCGCGACGAGGCUAAUGAAGCGAUUGCGACCGGCAAGCUGGAUGCAGUUGCGUUUGGCGCAGCGUACGUGGCCAACCCAGAUCUCGUCGCUCGGUUUCAGAAGAACGCGCCGCUGAACGAAGGCAACCCAAAGACGUACUUUGCUCAGGGUGACGAAGGCUACAACGACUACCCAUUGCUUGAAGAGUCGACGGCCUAAGGGUUUGAUAUCGUUUAUAUAGAAAAAAGACAUAAACAAUCCAACGAAUAUUCAUCGAUCACGG